AUAAGUAUUGGUUUAUGAUUUCAACUGCAAAAAACAGAAAAAAAUAGUAACCGUCCGAUCACAGUACAGUGAGGAACAAAGGCGAAGAAGAAGCAGAAGGCUUGGAUCCAUCGAGGUCCGGUUGAGAAUGACGGAUUCGAAUAUGGAUCUGUUGCAGGAGUCGGGUUGGGAAGAACUGAGGAAGGAUGCUCGCAAGAUCGAGGGCGAUCUCGAUGUCAAGCUCUCUUCUUACGCUAAGCUCGGCUCUAGUUUCACCCAAGAAGGUCAUGUGGAUAUUGAAUCCCCUGCUGUUGGGUCCAGCAGGUCAUGUAAAUCUAUGGAAAUGGAAAUCCAAUCCUUACUCGAGAAGUUACUUGAUAUAAAUGAUGCUAUGAGUCGAUGUGCUGCAUCUGCUGCACCUACUACUUCAGUGGCCCAAAAGCUUGCAAGGCAUAGAGACAUACUGCAUGAGUUUACCCAGGAAUUUAGACGAAUCAAGGGAAACAUAAACUCAAUGAGAGAACAUGCGGAACUUCUCAGCUCUGUAAGAGAUGAUAUCAGUGAGUACAAGGCAUCUGGGAGUACGUCACCUAGAAUGCAAUUACUACGGGAGAGAGCUACCAUACAUGGAAGCAUAGCUCAUAUAGAUGAUGUGAUUAAUCAAGCUCAAUCAACGAGGGCAGUCCUCGGGUCACAAAGGACUAUGUUCGGAGAUGUUCAAGGGAAAGUGAAGCUAUUAAGUGAUAAGUUCCCCAUUAUUCGGGGUCUACUUGGCUCAAUUAGAAGGAGGCGAUCGAGAGACACUAUCAUCCUGUCUGCCAUUAUUGCAGCUUGUACGUUGUUUCUUACUAUCUAUUGGCUUUCAAAGUAAUUAUAUAUGCAAUUUAAUGAUGAGAAAAAAGGGAAAGAUGGUGUUUCUUUUUUCUAACAAAUUUUAUAUAUGUAUUUUGUUAGAACAACUCAGAUUCAAUGUUUAAAAGCCUCGACACCUUUUAGUGGUGCCAUUAUCCCCAAAAA